AAAUCGCCCAGCGGCCUAAUCUUUAUAGAGAGAUUUAGUUAUUACCAAGUCCACCAUUAUACAUGUCACAUGAUGGAGCGGUUUAACAAACACUUCCCACAAGCAAAUUCCCAUAAAUAUUCUCUCAAUAAGAUGCCCCAAAACCAAAACUUCCUCUCCAUUGCAUGAGUUCUUCUCAUCAACAAUGGGGAAUUACAUAACUACCCAAUCAACAAACGUCACCGGAAAAGUAAUUCUAUCGGACGGCAGCGUUCAAGAAUUCGACCAGCCAGUAACCGUAGCGGAACUGAUGCUAGAGCAUCCACAACAGGUGGUGGUCGAGUUCUGUCCAAACUUGACUGAAAAGAGGCCAACUCCAUUGCCAGCUGACAAGAAGCUUGAAAUGAAGAAGCUGUAUCUAAUGCUCCCAAUUAAAAGAGGAAAACCUGCUUCAUUAUCUUCAGAGGAAGCUAGACAUGUCGUUUCGUGUGCAACCUCUCUCUUAAGAUCACGGUCGUUUUUGUCUUCGUCGAGAUUUCUUCCUUUGUUUGCUAGGAUAUGCCCUGCGGAUGGACACAAGAUUGUUUUGGAAAGGAAGGAAAGUAAUAAUGUGGAGAAGAGGAAUCAUGAGUCGUCGGAGUUGUUGCCGGAGAUUUUGGAGAACCGACCGGAGUAUUUGAGCAAGCAGCUUUCAGGGAAAGGGUGGAAACCUAGCUUGGAUACUAUUAUAGAGAAGAAGAUAGAGAAAAAGAUACCUCACUGGUUACUUAAUUUCCAAGGGAAAAAACUUUGAUGGCAAAGACAUAAAUAGAAGAAUGGGAUGGGAGAAGACCAAAUGGAUAAGAGCAAAAUAUUUAACAUGGGUUGUUGAAGGAAAGGUCCCACAAUGACAAUUUAAUCAGUUAGAUAACCAAUCAUCAAUCUUCAG